AUGAACUUGGAAGCCUGGCUUCAACUCAACGGCAAGUCCGCCACAGGGCUAUUGGCGCUAUAUGGUAGCGGUAUCUUGGGACUACUGGUACGUCUAGAGCAUCCGUCAAGAGAGAUCAUCCAAACUAACAAACAAAAGCUCACCGUAUACUGGACCGGUCUCGUCAUCUACAACAUCUACUUCCAUCCACUGGCUUCCUACCCCGGCCCCCUCCUAGCAAGAUCUACCCUGAUAUGGAGAAUCAUUCAAUCAACCCGCGGCCGCAUCCAUCUCGCCAUCGAUGAAGGUCACAAAAAAUACGGGCCGGUGUUUCGCGUCUCGCCAAAUGAACUUUCUUUCGCGUCUUUGAAGUCGUGGAAGGAUAUUUACGGUCAUGCUGUUGGGAAGAAACAGACGCUUGUUAAGAGUGAGUUUUACGACAUGUACGGUGCAGGAUUCCGAAGGUUGUGUAUUGGGAGUGAGCGGGACCCUCAGAAGCAUAGAAAGAUGAAGCAGUCUCUUACUGCUGCUUUUUCUACAAAGGCGCUUCGUGAACAGGAGGAGAUUGUGGCAAAUGUUGUUGAUGCUUUUGUUGAUAAGAUUGGCAAGCUUGGUGGGCCCAAGUCGGAUGGGUUGGAUAUGGCUAAAUGGUAUGAGAUGCUUGCGUUUGACGUUCUUGGAGAAAUGGCAUUUGGAGAGUCUUUCGGGUGUAUUGAAGACGCAGGCAAGCCUCACUUCUGGCAAGAGCUCAUUCUUGACCAUCUCUUCUUCAUCACUGUGGCGGACAAUCUGCGAAGGUUUCCGUUCGUGCCGACCAUUUCCAGGAUGUUGUUUCCAUUCAUCUCGGCAGUAUCCAAAACUCACACAAAUUAUACAAGAGCCAAAGUGGACAGGCGACUGGCCAGCAAGUCGGGCCGCAAAGACUUGAUGUCGAAUCUCCUUAGCAAAGUAGAAAGCGGAGAGAUCGAAAAGGAGGAAAUGACGGCCCAUGCAUCUACAUUGGUCAUCGCGGGAGGCGAAACAGUAGCGACUUUCCUCGCUGCUACUACAUACUAUCUACUCAAAUACCAAAAUAAUGGAGUAUGGGAUAAGCUUUGCAAGGAAGUCAGAGAUCGCUUCAAGACGUAUGAAGAGAUCAAUGCAGCCUCUGCGCAGCAGCUUCCAUAUCUCCAGGCUGUCAUCAGCGAGGGCCUGCGUAUCUAUCCACCCGGUUCGCAAGGAUUUCCUCGAAUCUCUCCAGGAACAGAUAUUGAUGGCCAUUGGGUUCCUCAGGGAACCGAGGUCUACACGAGUGCUUACACGGUUACUCACGAUGAGAAAUAUUUCCCGGAUCCUUACCAAUUUGAUCCAAACAGAUGGCUUGAUCCGGAUAGCAAGAGUGUCAAAGAGGCUAGUCAGCCAUUUUCGCUGGGGGCCAGAGGUUGUCUUGGACAAAACUUUGCAAUGAUGGAGGUGAACCAGAUCCUUGCCAAAAUGAUAUUCAAUUAUGAUUGGGAAUUGGUCAAUGCAGAUGUUGACUGGCUAGGUGAAAGCCGCUGUCAUGUCAUGUGGUGGAAGCCGCAUCUGUAUGUUCGAUUUCGGGAGAGGUCCGAUCUGGCACAGGCGGUAGCAAAAUAG